UCCCAAGGAAGAGAAUCAUUGUUUUGGCAAACAAACCAAGCCCAGAACCUGAUCGUGCUGAAUGUCAUAUGCUGACAGCUCUUGGAAUCUACCCUUUGGCUUAGCUUUCAACCCAGAGGUUCAUCUUACCCAGGAAAAGAAUGUCUUUUGUGAAGAUGAGAUGGAUUUAUAUUUCCCUGGUGGUCCUGGGAGCCCUUUGUCUGUAUUUUAGCCUGGAUGGUCUGAGUCCUUUUAAAGGCGAACCAUUGGUUUUCAAGAACGAAGGUGGGAGCUUCCUUCAGCUCCCAGAUAUAGACUGCAGGCAGGACCCCCCCUUCCUUGUCCUGCUGGUUACUUCAUCCCACGAGCAGAUGUUUGCCCGCUCGGUCAUCCGGAGCACGUGGGGGAGAGAAAAGAUCGUGAGGGGAAAACGAAUAAAAACAUUCUUCCUCCUGGGAACCACCGCCAGUAAAGGCAUGUCGAGGGCCGUGUCCCAGGAGAGCCAGCAGUAUCACGAUAUUAUCCAGAAGGACUUCGUGGAUGUUUAUUCCAAUCUGACUCUAAAGACCAUGAUGGGUAUGGAGUGGAUCUACCGCUUUUGUCCGCAGGCAUCUUUCGUGAUGAAAACAGACUCUGACAUGUUUGUCAACGUCUACUACCUGACUGAGCUGCUCCUGAAGAAAAACAGAACAGCUCGGUUUUUCACCGGCUACUUAAAGCUAAACGAAUACCCAAUCAGGAAAAGGUAUAAUAAGUGGUUUGUUAGUAAAUUCGAAUAUCCGUGGGACCAGUACCCGCCCUUUUGCUCCGGUGUUGGCUAUGUUUUCUCCAGCGAUGUGGCGGGCCAGGUGUACAACGUGGCUGAAAGUGUCCCAUUCAUUAAACUGGAAGAUGUCUUUGUGGGGCUCUGCCUGGAAAAACUGCAAAUCACACUGGAGGAGCUUCACUCCAAGCAGACUUUCUUCCCCAAUGGGUUACCCUUCACCAUAUGCCGUUACAAGAAGAUCGUGGCCUGCCAUCACAUCAAGCCUCACAAUAUCCUGCUGUAUUGGCAGGCUCUGGAAAAUUCCCUGGAGGAAGAGUGUCCAGAUAUCUGAAGGGAGCCCAGCGGAACAUCUGGACACACAGCAGACAGCCCACGGUGAUGGUUUUUGAAAGAUCUUGGAUGGCACGGCUGAGACUCCUGGGGUAGGGAGGGAGGAAGGAAGGAAGAGGCCGAAGGGUGAGGGUGAUAUCCUGAAGGCUUCCCAGUCUAAACCUGAACGCCACCGCGGACGAAUCCCCAUGUGGUGCCCCGAGCCAUCACAAAUACUCUGUCUUGAGUACCUACCCUGUUGCACUAAGUGAUGUAUGCCUGCAUUUUCUCAUGUCAGGGGUCAGCAUCCGUACGGAGUGGUGGGUGUUAGCACCCCAUCUCACACACAAGGAAACAGCAGCUUAGAGAAGCAUGCGGGCCUGUCCCAAGGAUUACAGCCAGCAGACACUGGAGCAGGGAUGAGCGCCCACCUCUCAGUACACCCCUGCGUGCUGCCUCUUGGGAGAGGACGGUGGUGCGGGAGGCUCCGAGGGAAGCCUUGCUGCUGGCAUCUGUCAGUCCCUUGCUCGAGUCCCCUCCUCCUCCAAUCCCAUUCCUGUGCCUUUUAGUGCAGAGACUGGGGUGAACCAAUGCGCCCCCAGCUCCCUUUGUUCACUGCAGUGGGUCUGGCUGGCCUGAGACCGUGUUAGCAGCUUGGCCCUCAACUCACUGCAAAGCACGUGCCAGAAGACACCUCCACAGUGGCUGCAGCUCAGCCCCCCAGAGACACCCAGCUCGAGACAGCAAUCAGCCUUUCAAGAUUUGGCUCAGAAAUCGCUGUGAAGCUUGGCCCACUGUAGAGACUCGCUGCCCACUCUGCUGAACGCGCGACUCCGAGAGCAUGGCAUUUCCUCCCAGCCAUCUGCGGCAACCCCGCCUGUCAGCUCCACGUGCCCUUGGUCUGCACGUCAGGUCUCCAAGUGCAAACGAGAAGGCAGUUGGAUGCAAGGCUUCGUCUGUGAAGGAUGCUGGGAGCUCUUCUGGGAAUUUGGGUGGAUUUAACUCAAGACACUCUUAAGAACCCCCUGGAACUCUGAGCACUGAACUGAGUCCUGGUCAAGGGAGCGUCUUCCUGGGUCCGUUUCCUAAAUCUGAUCCUAGCUCAGCUUCUUUGAACUUCUCGGAUGGCCAAGGAACAGCUGAGUUUUGUGGUGUGGAGUUAAACCUUCAAUAUUCUUCUGGUGGUUUGGAAGAGCCUGUUCUGCAGGGUUGGGUGGCAAUGAAGCACUUUUUUUUUUUUUUUGCCAGGGUCUUUGCCCGUUCAGUCACUGUCACAUGACACGCAAAGCUAUUUUGCUCCGAUCAUCGAGAUGAGUGGUUCUUACUUUCUACUUUACGGAACUGGAUGUUAGCAGCCUGCAAAGCCGAGACCUCGCGUGGCUGUGAAACUUACAAAAGCUGGGCGAACCUCUUACCUGAACUCAGAAAGAGAUGUUCGCUGCAAAAUGGUCAUGGCCGUGUUAAAUUGCAAACUGGCAUCUUAUUUUGCACAGUGUUUCUCGUAUCUGGAUGGGGCUGCUUCUUGCAGAUGUGUUUUCUUAUCCUGGCUGCUCUGAACGUGCUGGGUCACGUUCAGAGAAGCCACCUCCUCAGGUGGGAAAUCAGGGACUGAACUUGUUUUUCUGAAGCCCAGAUUUUGCCAGGGUGGGUCCCUCGGUCCUGUAGGAUGGGCUGCCUCUCAACGGUGGGCUUUGAGGGUGAAGGAGUUUGUCUGGCAGUAGGGCUGGUUCUGUGCUUAGAAUCACAGAACCAGCCCUUGUCUCGUGUGUGUGUCCAGGUGGCCACCGGGCUGGGUGGGUGAGUGUGGCUGACUCAGGAUCUGGUCUUCUCAGCAUCCACCCGGAAGCCCUCGGCCGUAGGAGUCCAUGAGCACAGGCUCAGCUCCACCGAGAGCCUCUCUGUGUUCUUAAAGGACUUUCUGCAAAACACAUUCGGCCCCCUGCACCCCUCGCCGACUCUAUUUCUUUAUGUAGUCAAGACCUUUUCUUCUCGAGGGAAAAAAAAUGUUUCGUGACUAUAGACCUUGAAGGGACCAUGGAGCUCAUUCGGUCCUGCCUUUACGUAGGAUGAAAAUAAAGCUCGAAGAGACCCAGAGGCUUGCCCAAGACUUUGCCCGAGACUUCACAGCUUGUUUGUUGUGGAAUGCGGGUUCCAGCCAGAGCUGUAUUCCAUGAUGCCGUCUUGCCUGGGUGAGAGUAAGAAACUGUGAAUUAGGAGGCGAAGCGAUGCUUUUCCAAUAACACCCAAAGCGAGUUUCAUAAUGGGAUCGGAGAGGAGCCCGGCUGGCGAUGCAGUGGCUUCACUCACAGGCAUCCAGGGACGAAUGAUGCUGAUGGCAAAGGCUCUUUGCUAGGCCCUGAGAUAAGGGCUUUAAAAGUAUUACCUCCUUAGAUGCACACAACCACUCCAGUGGGGAGGUGACUACCCACUUCCUUGCUUUACAGAUGAGGAAACCGAGGCAGAGACAGAGCAUGAACAGCUAGUUCAAGCUUAUUCCUUAGAUGCGCACAACCACUCCAGUGGGGAGGUGACUACCCAUUUCCUUGCUUUACAGAUGAGGAAACUGAGGCAGAGACAGAGCAUGAACAGCUAGUUCAAGCUUAUAUAGCUGAAAAGCAGCAAAAAUAGAAUGUGAACCCAAGCUCUUGGGGGCACGAUGCGUGCUGGGUACACUCAGCGCUGCGGCCCCUAGGCGGUCAGCGGGCCCCAGGGAUACGGUCAGUGUGCAGAGGGAUGCAGGUGCCCACUGCCUUGGCUGCUCAGGUUGCACAUCUGACCCGUCAUCAGUCUCUCCGCAUCACGCACACCCACCCUCCAGGAUCUGAACCCCGAAUCCUCCUCUCUGCUGGGCUCUCACAGAGCCAGCCUCUCCACUUUUGGGCUUGAUUCCCAGCUCUUCUUACCUCAGCAAGAGCAAGACCCCUGCCUAGGCCUCACUCUCACUCUCACCAUCCAUCUCCCCUCUGCCGGCUCAGCCCACACGUGCCCAGAUGUGCUGUCAUUUCCCAUCUUCCAAACCAUCAUAAAACCCUUUCCCUUCACUGCCCCACCUCUCCCUUUGCUGUUCAGCCCCACAAGAGCGUUUUCCAUAUUUGUCUCCCUUUCUAUCUGAAAUCCCCUCUCAUCAGACUCUGGUGCCUGACUCCACCAGAUGGUUCUUUCCAACGUCAUUGAUGACCCGAGAUGCAGGAUCCAAGGUCUGGUCUCUGUCCUCAUCGUGCCGCCUGCACUGCGGGUCUUGCCCGCUUCCAGGACGCUGGACGCUUUGGGUUCUCCUCCUCGCGGGUCGCUUCUUUGCUUGUUCCAUCUCCUCGCUCUGCCUUGGCCUCCUUUCUUCCCUGGUUGUACUCUGGUGGUCUCAUCCAGCCCCACGGUUUAAAAUAUCCUCUCUCGUGUUGAGGACGCCCGUUUAUCUCCAGCCCGGAAUCCUCUCUCACUUUUCAGUCUCACAUGUCCCACUGUCUGCUUAACAUCCCAUAGUGAGCAAGUCCGAGACUGAAGUCAGGAUGAACCCCUCCCUCCACUCCUAACCCACACCACCUGCAGCCUUCACUACCUCAGGUAAUGGCCCUUCCAUUCUUUGGUGGCUCAAGUCAAACACUUCGGAGCCAUCUGUGACUCCUCUCUCUCUCAGCCGGUAUGUCAGGAGAGAGACCAUCAUUUUAUACCCAGAAGCCAAAUCACUGCCCCUCACUGUGCUAUUGCCACCCUGUCCAAGCCCCCGUCACCUCGCACGUGCGUUCCGGCAGUAGCUUCUACCUCGUCUCUCCACCUCCAUCGCUGCACCCCCUUGGUCUGUUCCUAGGCAGCAUCCAGACUACUCCUUUAAAAAUAUGGACCAGAGCAUCUUACGUCUCUGCUCCACACCCUCCAGUGAUGUCCCAUCUCUGAGAAAAGCCACAUCUUUAAUAUCAUUGUCUGCCUCUGUUAUUCUCUAACCUCAUCCCUUCCUACCCUCCCCUCACUCACUCUGGCCUCCCUGAAAGGAGAUACUAUUCCAGCAGCACAAGCCUCCUUGCUCUUCUUCGAACAUCCAGGCACCAUCCAUCUUCCUCAGGGCCUUUGCACAGGCUGAUCCCUCUGCCAGGCUCGCCCUUUCCUUAGACAGUCUCAUGGCCCAUUCCUUUGCUUCCUUCACGUCUUUGGCCAUAUAUCCCCUUCUUAAUGAGGCUCAUCCUGAUUACUUUCUUUGGAAUUGCAACUCAACCCACCCCCUGUCCCCUUGCCUUAUUAUAUCGUUUCCAUUGCACUGUUCAAUUUCUAACAGAGUAUACUAUAUCUAUUUAUUAUCGUGUGGCUAUUUUGUUAAUGUUUAUAGUUCAGCCCACUUGAGCAAAAGCUUCGUGCAGGAAUGCGUCUUUGUUUUCUCCACUGAUGAACCUCAAAUUCUUAGCACAGUUCCUCGUACAUAGUAGAUGCUCAAGAAAUAUUUGUCGAUUGGAUGUGAGAUGACCUUUAUGGAAGGUAGUUUUAGAGGGGAAGUGAUGAACCUCGACUAAAAUGUGAAGGAUUUCUGACAUGUAGCCAACACUAUGGGUCCAACGUAUGGUUCCAGUAUCAAUCAGUAAAUGGGAUGCUGAAAUCCUGUUUUUACUGAAAACUGGGACCUGAAAACCUAGAAAUGCUGUAUGACAGUGCUUCUUGACCUCACAUCCCCCUUUUUCUAGAAUGGAAAACCUCCCACAUUGAGAAGUAGACAGAAUCCUAUAAUGUCCUCAGGGUGCCUGUCCCCCAGUCCUCUCCACCCCCGGCCCCUGCCAUGGCCAAUCUUAUCUCAUCUACAACCUCCUUCUGUUUUCAUGAUUAUAAAAUUUUGGAUCUUUUCCUCAACCGUAUGCAACUUUUAGUCUCAGGAGAAGGACAACAAUAAAACACAUUGUUACGAAAUAGACCUCAUUUCUAAAGAUGAUGACAACUGCAAUAAAAGGUAAAAAGAUAGUUUCAGGUGAAGGUACAAUUGCUGUGCUUCCAAACUUCAAGAGGUUUUAGAGCUCUGGUCCCAUCCCUUUAGUUUAUGUGUGAAAACCAAGAUUUGCAGAAUUUGAGCUUCAGGUCAGCACUCAGAGGGAUGCUGACCCUCAGCCUGAUGCUACACCCAUGGUGCUGUACUGCCUUUUUGUAUCUUAUGUACCUAAUUCCUAUUUGUCUUAAAACACACCAUUGUAGCCACAUCGCACUCUGUGUAAAAAGGGAGGGAGGAAAAAUCCAAACAAACAAAACCUGUUAGACCUCCUUUCCUUGAGUUCCCGACUAGCGUCUGCUCUUGGACACCCCUCCCAGGUGCAUCUAAAAGGCACAUCGAAACCACAUCUUCACCCUUGCGACCCCAGCCCUGUCUUCCCCCAGUGUUUCGGGUUGCAGGAAAUGUUGUCACUGUCCAUCUGCCUAUUCAGUUCUUCGACUUUCCUCUGCCUUGCUGUGGCCCUGCCAUACCUGAUGGUUGCCGAUUCCCAUGGAUUUGGCCUCUUCUCUCCACAUCCAUCGUUGCAGCCUCAGUCCAGGGCACCAUCUUGGAUCAGCUGGUCUCAGGCAACAUGUUUUUAACUGGUCUCAGAUCUGAUCAUGUUGCCUUCCAACCUCUCCUCUACUUUACACCCAGAAUAAUUUAAAAAAAUUAUUGAAGUAUAGUUGAUUUACAAUGUUGUGUUAGUUUCAGGUGUACAGCAAAGUGAUUCAGUUAUACAUACAUGUAUAUAAAUCUAUUCCUUUUCAGGUUCUUUUCCAUUAUAGGUUAUUAUAAGAUAUUGAAUAUAGUUCCCAGUGCUAUACAGUAGGUCCUUGUUGUUCAACUGUUUUAUUUAUAAUGGUGUAUAUCUGCUAAUCCCAAACUCCUAAUUUAUCCCUCCUCUCCCACUUUUCCCCUUUGGCAACCAUAAGUUUAUCUUCUAUAUCUGUGAGUCUAUUUCUGUUUUAUAAAUAAGUUCAUUUGUAUCAUUUUUUUAAGAUUCCACAUAUAAGCGAUAUCGUAUGCUAUUUGAUUUUUUUCUGUCUGACUUACUUCACUUAGUAUAAUAAUCUCUAGGUCCAUCCAUAUUGCUGCAAACAGAGUAAUUUUUUUAAAAAACGUGGAUCUGAUUAGGAAACUCAGAGACCCAGGGAAGCUGAGUGAUUGCCCUGGGGGAAUUCUGUCCUCCUGUCCAUGAGCCAGGAGCUGUUUCAGAAGUCAUACUGGUGAUGCCAGCUACUUCUGGGCACCCCAGCACUGCUCCAGUGAUCUCCACAUGCUGGCAUGAAGUGCUAAAAUGUACUUUUAAGACAAACUGAAUUAAUUUUCAUGUGAGUUUUUUGAUCCUCUUCAAAGUGGUGGCUCUGGGGUUGGGCUGCCUGGGUUUGAAUUUUACUUCCCUCCCUCACUCCAUAAGCAAGUUACUUAUCUUUACCUCAUUUAUUUAUUUAUUUUACACCUUUAUUGGAGUAUAAUUGCUCUACAAUGGUGUGUUAGUUUCUGCUUUACAACAAAUUGAAUCAGUUAUACAUAUACAUAUGUUCCCAUAUCUCUUCCCU